GUGACUUUGGCAUGGCGCGAGUCUUGGAGGAAGGCAUCACCGAGCUUCUCACGUCUCAACUGGGCACGGUGUCGCAUAUGCCACCGGAACUUCUGCACCUGGAGGAGCGGCGUCUCAGUAAAAAGGCCGACAUCUGGGCCAUUGGAAUGCUGCUCUACGAGAUCGUAGCUGGAGAAAUACCUUACAAAGGCAUGAUGGUCCCCUCCAUUAUUCUCUUCGUAGCCACUGGCAAGCGACUUUCUUUGCCAGAGCACGUUGAGAAAUAUCUUGUCGACAUCUUUCACCUGUGCCAGGUGGAUUUGGACGAUCGUCCAUCGGCCGAAGAACUAUUGUCCAUUCUUCAAGAAGGCUGUGAUGCACAAUGAGUCUGGAAAUGUUUUUUUUCCG